AGUCUUUCAGGGCUCCCAAAACGCUGCGGGGCGGGGUGGUUGGUCCCCACCCCAGCGGGAGGCCCACGACCAGCCGGGAGGGGCGCGCGGCGCUCGGAGCGCCCAGGGCCGGGCCUCUGACCCGCGCAGGCGCAGAAGCGCCCUCCGAACUCCGGUUUCAUGGAUUCCCAGUCCAGCUGCGUGGUGGUGACCGGUUUUGGGCCCUUCCGGCAGCACCUGGUGAAUUCCAGCUGGGAAGCAGUAAAGGAACUCUCCAAGCUGGGUCUGGGGCGUGACAUGGAGGUGGAGUUGCGGAUUCUUCAACUGCCAGUGGAUUACAGAGAGGUGAAGCAGAGGGUCACCAGAAUCUGGGAGGAUCUUCAACCGCAACUCGUUGUGCAUGUGGGCAUGGACCCCACCGCCAAGGCCAUCUUUCUGGAACAGUGCGGCAAGAACUGGGGCUACAGGGAUGCCGAUAUCCGAGGCUUCCACCCUGAGCGUGGCGUGUGCCUUCCAGAUGGCCCGGAAGUGAUCGCUUCGGGAGUCAGCAUGAGGGCCGUCAGCAGGCGCGCGGUGGUCGAGGGCGUGGAGGUGGCCUUUUCCCGAGACGCAGGCAGGUACGUCUGCGAUUACACCUACUACCUGUCUUUGCAUCAUGGAAAUGGAUGUGCGGCGCUCGUCCAUGUCCCUCCAUUAUCUCCUUCGCUUCCGGCUAGCCUGCUGGGAAAAGCCCUGCAAGUUAUCAUCCAGGAAAUGCUGGAGGAGACUGAGAAAGCCAGGUCUCAACGCCUGGUUCACAGGAAGCUCAGCCUUUGCGAUUCCAGACAGGGGGAACCAACUGGGAGACUGCUCCUUUAGAGAAAAUUAAAUGUUUCAGUCCUGU